UAAAAGCUGCCGCACACUCUCCUGUCUGCCGUGCAGCGCCGCAGUCUCUCUGUCUCCCCCUUACUCACUCCAUCAACACAUUUAUCCAAGCGACAAAAAAAAAAAACCCUCUCAUCCUGCCAUGUCGGCCGCCAGCACCGAGCCCAGCGCCCCUCUGCCCGCCGCCGGCAGCCGCGUCUUUUUCCAAGGUGCGCCCGGCGUGAGCUGCGUGAGCUCCGGCCCCAUCAACGGGGAGGACCCGGUGCAGAAGAAGCAGGGCAAAGUGACGGUCAAGUACGACAGGAAGGAGCUGCGGAAGAGACUCAACCUGGAGGAGUGGAUCAUCGAGCAGCUCAGCGAGUUGUAUGACUGUGAGGAGGAGGAGAUGCCAGACGUAGAGAUAGACAUUGAUGACUUGUUGGAGGUCAACAGUGAUGAUGAGAGAGCCAGCAAACUACAGGAAUCACUAACAGACUGUUACAAACCCACAGAGGACUUUGUCCGUGAGUUGCUGUCAAGGAUAAGGGGGAUGAGGAAACUCAGCGCUCCGACCAAGAAGGGUCUAUAAUGGCUUUCUCGUCCAGGAUCAACCAACCAUAAACUAUGUCACUCCAGCUUCACCUACUUUAAUCACCCGUCAUGAGCUGUCAUAAUACAGAAUUGUUUGUCAAAACACUAGGAACCACCCCGCAACCAGCCGACAUGCAUCACAAUAUCCAUAAUCUGGCACUUUCAUUUUCAAGCACAGAGAAUUACGAGUCAUGACAACAUAAGACUGUUGACAGGUACUUACGCAAAAAAAAAAAAAGAACAAGGAAAAAAACAAAAAAACUGCGCGCGUGUCUUGAGUGACAGAAAAAAAUGUAAAGCCCAGGAAUGUGCCCGUACUGCAAGUGUGUUUAAAACGAGAACAUGCCUAAAUCAUGCUCAGUUCACACUUUUAAGACCAACCAUGCAUUUACAAAAAUUCCUCAAGACAAAAAUAACAAAUAGAUUUCAAAACAGGUGGUUAGAAAAAGUUACAGUAGGUGCACAAUUAGCUGUAGCACUAUAUAAACACAGUGCUUGAAUAUUUCUUUUUUUUCCCCCCCUUUCUUUUUCACUGGGGUGUCUCGCUGUUACGUCUUUUUAAGAGCAAACGUACAGUAUGUUGCCAUUUCUUGUCCACGUACGUAAAGUGUGAUUUUCUGCUGUUUUUUUUGGUUUUCAUUCAGCUUUUUGUCCUUUUUCCCCCCCAUCAGUGUGAUCAGAUGUGAGGGAGAGAUGUUCUUGUGGUUGAUUUUUAAGGCACAAAGCAUUAUAAUUAUGCAUAAUUCCUCCUCUCAGUUGCUUUUUUUUAAACCUAUAUCCUCUGAAUAGAGUUGGGACAUAUUUAACAAAACACUAUGAAUAUUUUUGCUAGUUAGUCAGUGUUGUACUUUUCAUCUCAGCAAGGCAUGAUGGGUGUUGCGGUUCUCUGUCUGAGACCGCAAACGCCUGUAUGAUUGGCAGCCUUUCAUUGAUCAUGUACUUCCUGCCGAUGUGGUGACCAUUUGAGCUCCGACAUUGUAGUUUUCUCUCGUUGGUAGCGUUUACCUCUGCUCGCCUGUUUCUCUGAGAACGGACAACGUGUUGCCUUUAAGGACAUUCAGGAUCAGUUCCCUUUUUUGUCAGCAGUAAACCUCGACUACUGACAGCUGAAUGGUAAACAUCCUGGGGGCAAAACCUGAGGCCAACAUACAGUAUUCAUAAAGAGUCUAUACACCCCUGUUAAAAUGCCAGAGUUAUCUGGUAAAAAAAAUAAAAAAAAUAAUAAUAAGGCCAAGAUAAAUGAUUUCAAAGCGUUUUCCACCCUUAAUGUGGCUAAUAAUGUUAACAACGAAAUGAAAAUCGUUUAGGGUAAAAAAAAAUAAAAUAAAGUACAGUAAUGUGGUGGCACAUCAGUAAGGCUAAUACAUACUUUGUUCAAGCACCUUUUGAUUUUAUUACUGCAUUUAUGUUUUCAUGAAGGGGUCUACCAGCAUCUGGACCUGCCAUUGUUUGCCCACCCUUCUUUGCAAACAAGCUCCAAAUCCUUCAAAAUGUGAGGUUAUCUCCUGUGCCCUCCUGAGUGAUGCUUUUUGACACAGAGAUUCGGAGGAUGCUGUAGAAGCUCUAUGUUUCUUUCUGCGAGAUGCAACCAAAAUAAAUAAAUAAAAGAAGUCAGGAAAAUCCUUCUAGAAUAGCCAAACUUUAUUUCAGCUUAAUUAGAAGGACUCAAAUGUAGUUAGUUAUGUUUAUUUCCCCUAUCUAGAAUAUAUAUAUAUAUAUAUA